UGAAGCCAAACAUCAUCAGUAUUUCAGGAGAAUAUUUCUAUUUCAGUUCUUCCAAAGACUUCAACUUUAAUAGCACAUUUUUUUAAAGGUCUUACUGGAUUAAAUUCAAGCGCUGCACACAAUGUUGGCCACGGGAGCAGCUGUAACCACAGCGCUGGCACAAGUGGACAGAGAAAAGAUCUAUCAGUGGAUCAACGAGCUGUCCAGUCCAGAGACCAGGGAGAACGCCCUCCUGGAGCUCAGCAAGAAGAGGGAGUCGGUCCCAGACCUGGCCCCCAUGCUGUGGCACUCAUGUGGCACCAUAGCGGCCCUGCUGCAGGAAAUUGUCAACAUCUACCCAUCAAUCAACCCCCCCACCCUCACAGCACACCAGUCCAACAGAGUAUGUAACGCCCUGGCGCUACUCCAGUGUGUAGCCUCCCAUCCAGAGACAAGGUCAGCCUUCCUAGCUGCUCACAUCCCCCUCUUCCUUUACCCCUUCUUACACACAGUGAGUAAAACGAGACCAUUUGAGUACCUCCGCCUCACCAGCCUAGGAGUCAUAGGUGCUUUGGUGAAAACAGACGAGCAGGAAGUGAUCAACUUCCUCUUGACCACAGAGAUUAUUCCCUUGUGCCUUCGGAUCAUGGAGUCUGGCAGCGAGCUCUCCAAAACGGUUGCAACCUUCAUCCUACAGAAGAUUCUGCUGGACGACACAGGGCUUGCCUACAUCUGUCAAACAUACGAGCGCUUCUCACAUGUUGCUAUGAUUCUGGGUAAAAUGGUGCUCCAGUUGUCCAAAGAGCCGUCGGCCCGCCUCCUCAAGCAUGUAGUCCGCUGUUACUUACGCCUGUCUGACAACUCCAGAGCCAGAGAAGCUCUACGGCAGUGCCUCCCGGACCAGCUCAAAGACACCACCUUCGCCCAGGUCCUUAAGGACGACACCACCACCAAACGCUGGCUGGCCCAGCUGGUCAAAAACCUGCAGGAGGGUCAGGUCACCGACCCCCGGGGCAUCCCCCUCCCACCACAGUGACUCUCCCUGCUCCUCGCCCACCCCGAGGAACACCAGCAAGGAACUGCCACACAGACGACGAGCCUUAAGUCCUGGACGUAGAUGUUUUUAUGACAGACUUUCAAAGGAUCUGAUCCGUGGAUCCACGGCUUCAAAGACACUCA